ACAAUAUUGUAUUUUUUUGCGUAUAUAAUUUUUAUUUGGGAAUGUGCACACGUAAAAAUCAUUCUCGUUUCCAAGUCGAAUAGGAAUAAUCGACGCGAGGCUCCCUGGCACGCGUAUAACGUACUCGCACGUGCCACUCCGUUCCCUUCAAUACGUAGGGACAUGCGUAGGGGGUAGAAAGAGGAGAAAGGGGGUAGGGGGCUCUUACAUCUGCUCGUUCGGACUUUUGUACGACGAUUGAACAGCCGGAUUUCGAAGGGGGCUGGUGAUAGACUCCCUCGCCCCCUUCUUCGGUAACGGUUGUAAAAAUGAGGGGGUUGGUAGUAUGCAACGAUCGACGUUAGUCAACGGUCGUGUCCAUUGACAGUCUACCGUAGCUCAUAGCAUACAGUUAAUAACAAGGGUGCUGUAGUUCUCGUGGCAAAAAGGACGCGAAAAAGGUGUUUUUUUACGGGAGGAAAGAUUUAGCGGAGAAACAUUGCACCGUACAAAGGAAGAGUUUGUCAAAAGGGUUUCGACACACCGGCAGCGCUAUAUAGAUAACGAAGCUGACGGCGCUAGAUAACGGAUAACUGAUCCGAAGUUAAGGGGCAAACUUGUUUCUACUAGAAAGCAGAAGCACGUAAGUAGCAUGAAGUAUCGUUACUUCCAGGUGACAUAGUAAGGCGACCUUUCAAAUAGACGUCAACAUUGUAGUUUUCCUUACGUCGAUCUCAUGUUUUCACAUUCUGUGCUAAUUUUAUUAAAAAUUAUAAUGGCAUUAUUACAUAAAAAUUUGGCAAGUUUUAAAUUAUAUAAGAUUUUGAAAAAAAAUUUGAAGAAUAAUACUAUUACCUGAAUAUUAGAUGAUUGUUUAAUAGUAAAACGUCAAAAUCAGAGAGCAACCAUUAAUUAGCUCGAAAACAGAUACAAACGGAGCGGAAAUUAUAUGGAAGCCUGCAUCUGAUACUUCAUUAAAUAGCGUUUACAAUACAUUGUUGAUAUACGACUAUUACAUGUAUUAGAUUUUCGUGAUAGCAUAAUGUCAUAUAAAAUUAUAAGGAAAACGAAUAUAAUUAAGCUUUUAUUUUUUAAUGAAACGAAAGAGAUUUAAUAUAAAGUAAUAUUGAGCACUAAUUGCUUUAUGGAAUUUCGCGAUUUUUAAGCAGAACUUUAUUUGUUAAUUGUCAAUUAAUUCACGAACAUAAUUUCUAAGACGUAUAAAAUCAUCAGUUUCUCAGUUCCUCAUUGAGUUUUCUUAUUGGAUUGUAGAUGGACAAACGUUGAUCAUAAUGAAGAGAUAUUCGUCGGCACCUUGUCUAGAAGAUGUUGGCAAUGACGCUAAAAGAACAAAAGGAAUUGAACAAUAUGCAGAUCCAAGUACAAGGGAAUAUCUUCAGUUGGCUUUAGCCAGAAUCCUGGAAUUACAAAGAGAAAUUAAGGCAGGCACAUAUCUCGCAGAAACCGAUAAUGGUAGUGAUCUGGACGCAUCGGGUAGUGAGGAAGAUUUAACGAAAGAAAUUCUUACUAAAGUGUUUCAAGAUCUACCCGGGACACCUAGUUCUCUCACAAAAAUAACAGAUAGAGAGACGCGCUGGAAAAAUCACCGUAUAGAUACUAUUCAUAAUAAAAGGAUACAAUUACUAGGUUUCGAUACUUGUCGGAGAAUGGCCCUUGAAUUCAUGAAAACCAUCAUGCAGGAAUCACGAAACAAAUCCUCCUCUUUAAAUACAGUUAAACUCGAUUUUCAACGAAAUGAAUCGUUACAUUCGGAAAAUGAAAUGAAUGAUUUUUGCAAUCGGGAAUCGAAUGCGCACGAAAUUCGAGUGAGAAUGUUCAAAAGUUUGGAUUUGCAUUUGGCUGCUAAACAAAGAGACUAUACGUCCAAAUUAAUGAAAUCAGGUAUUUAAUAUUUGACACUUGCGUACGACACUUUCGAGUGGAAAUAAAUUGAAUGUGGAAAAUGUCCAAAUUCAAUAUAUUCUUCAAUAUAUACCAUGAUAUUACUAUUUUGAACGUGAACGGUGUACGUACACUUUUUACAUUAAGAUAUUCAUAUUUCCUUUAUUCUUAAUUGUAAUUAUGAUUGAUUCUGUUUUUAAAAAAAUUUUAAAAAUAUUGUCAAAUAUUUUAUUUUGAGAUUUAAAUUAAGAUAAUUAUCAAAAUUUUAAUAAAACUAACAUUUUAGUUUUAGUACAGUAUCCAGUUUUAGUUCUUGCAGUUAUAAAAAUCUAUCUAGUCAUUUUAAAAUGUUCUAGUCAUAGCUUGUGUGUAAUUAUAUUCUCUCUACAAAGUUAUUCAAUUAUUUUAUAUAAACAUCUACAUACGUAUAUUUACAUUCAUAUAUAAACAUGUAUACCUGUAUUUAUAAUCUAUAUACUAUACUGUUGAUUUUUAAUAAAACAGUUAUAUAAGUGCGAUCGUAUUCUACUGAUUAUAAUAAAAAAAAAGAAAA